CCUCCUCCCUCUCUCUCUCUCUCAUGUGUAGUGUAGCUAACCCCCACUUCCCAACUAUCCACUUGCCACGCUCUUUGAAUGCCUCUCCCUUUCCCUCUCCCUUCCCGUCUAAAUACUCCUCUCUCCAUUCUUUCCUCUCUCUGCCCCGAAACUUCAUCUCUCUCUCUCUUCUCUCUCUCUCUCUCCGUGUAUCAUCAUCAGCGGCAAAUUAAUGGCGCCGGCAGCAGCUUCUUUGGAGCAGAGCUCGAGCACAGUCGUCUGUGUAAUGGACGCGUCCGGCAGCUUGGGGUCCAACCUCGUCCAUCGCCUUCUCCAGAGAGGCUACACCGUCCACGCAGCCCUUCAGAGCCACACCGGUGGUGAAAGUGAACCGCUGAAAGAGCUGGCCGGAGCAAACAAGAAGCUGAAGAUUUUCGAGUCAGAUCCGUUUGAUUACCAGAGCAUCCUGGAGGCUUUGAAGGGUUGCUCUGGUUUGUUCUACUCCUUUGAGCCUCCUCAAGACCAACCCGCCUACGAUGAAUUUAUGACGGAAGUGGAGGUAAGAGUGGCACAUAAUGUAUUGGAGGCAUGCGCUCGGACGGAUACCAUCGACAAGGUUGUCUUCACGUCGUCUGCGACGGCUGUUAUUUGGAGGGAUGAUCGUUGUUCAUCUUCCUUAGAUUUCGACGAGAGGCAUUGGUCUGAUAUCAAUCUUUGUCGUAAAUUCAAGCUGUGGCAUGCCGUGUCGAAGACGCUAGCGGAGAAGGCUGCGUGGGCCCUGGCAAUGGACAGGGGGGUGAAUCUGGUGUGCGUCAAUGCAGGGCUUCUCAUGGAUCCCACCCUAUCCAUAACAAACCCGUAUCUCAAAGGGGCCGCCGAGAUGUACGAAGAUGGACGGCUCGUGACCGUUGAUCUGGACUUCCUUGUGGACGCCCACAUCUGCGUCUUCGAAGACGUCUCAUCCUACGGUCGAUAUCUGUGCUUCAACCACGUGAUCAACCGUCCCGAGGACGCCAUCAAGCUCGCCCAAAAGCUUAGUCCCACGUCCCCGCAACCUCAAAAUUGUGAGCAAGAGAGGAAGAUGAUCCAACAGAGGAUCAGCAACAAGAAGCUGAACAAAUUGAUGGUUGAUUUCGAGCGUGGAGCCCAGGUGGACUGAUCGCAGCCGUUCAAGUGUCAAGCAUGCUGGCCCCGCUGUUUUUCUCUUUAAAAAGGAAAAUAAUGACAAUAGAAAGGGUUUUCCUUACGACGACUCUAUUGUGUAUGCAGCUAGCCUAAAUGGCUUAAACAUUAUGCACAUACCUACAUGUAAUGUGCCUUGUUGCAUACGAUUGUAUGAAAAGAAUCAAAUAAUGUUUGUUGCUAGUCGAUAGUGAGGGGUACAUCGUCAUCCUCAUAGUCGUAUACUUACUAGUAGUUUCCAAAAGAUAAAAGAGUUUUGAAUUUU